AUGAAGAGUACAGCAGGCUGUAUGCACAGCACCCAGGAUCACACAAUCCGAGGAGGAGAGCCCAGGCUUUCAGAAGCCCCAGCAUCCACUUGAACACCUAGCAAAAUGCCUAAAAGUGUUUCAAUAUCUAAACAACUGGCUUCAAUAAAAGCUUUGAAGAAAGGCUCAGACCUGGAAAAGGCCAUUGCUACUAUUGCUCUGAUUUUCAGAAACUCUUCUGACCCUGAUGGUAAACUUGGGAAAACCACUGCCAAGAAUCUGCUACAAACCCAAUUUAGGAAUUUCACAGAGAGAGAAGAAACCAAGCCAAAGUGUCAAGAUAUCCUUUCUGAGCUUGAUGAACACACAGAAAAUAAGCUGGACUUCGAGGACUUCAUGAUCCUGCUCCUGAGCCUCGCCAUCGUGUCAGAUAUGCUACAAGAUAUAUUGAGUGUAAAACUAUGA